CCAAUAUAAUUGGGUUUGUUUAAAACAAGAGCACCAGACCUAAAGUGGAGUCACUUAUGCCAAGCCCUACAUCAGCAAACUGAGAAUUACAGUUUCAGUUCUCUGCAAUGGAAACUUAAACCAGUCAAUCCGGAAUUGCCUGAGGAGCACAUUUAGGUAACUUGGGUUUUUACUCCUGUAACAACUGAAAUAACAAGUCUUGAUACAGAGAAUAUAGAUGACAUUUUAAGAAAUGCUGAUGUUGCUUUAGUAAAUUUUUAUGCUGACUGACCCCACCCACUUAUCCCAGAUGGGAGAGAUUUAAGAAUGCUAAAAGAGGAAAAAGCCACUUGAAAACAAGAGAUUGAAGAUACUGACUGUGUCUCCUUAGGAAGUCAGGUGUCGUUUCAGCCAGAUGUUGCAUCCAAUUUUUGAGGAAGCUUCCAAUGUAAUUAAGGAAGAAUAUCCAAGUGAAAAUCAAGUAGUGUUUGCCAGAGUUGAUUGUGAUCAGCACUCUGAAAUAGCCCAGAGAUAUAGGAUAAGCAAAUACCCAACCCUCAAAUUGUUUCGUAAUGGGAUGAUGAUGAAGAGAGAGUACAGGGGUCAGCGAUCAGUGAAAGCACUUGCAGAUUACAUCAGGCAACAAAAAAGUGACCCCAUUCAAGAACUUCAUGAUUUAGUAGAAAUCACCACUCUUGAUCGCAGCAAAAGAAAUAUUAUUGGAUAUUUUGAGCAGAAGGAUUCAGAACACUAUAGAGUUUUUCAAAGAGUAGCGAAUAUUUUGCACGAUGAUUGUGCCUUCUUUUCUGCAUUUGGGGCUGUUUCAAAACCAGAAAGAUAUAGUGGAGAUAACAUAAUCUACAAACCACCAGGGCAUUCUGCUCCAGAUAUGGUAUACUUGGGAUCUAUGACAAAUUUUGAUGGGAUUUACAAUUGGAUUCAAGAUAAAUGUGUUCCUCUUGUUCGAGAAAUAACAUUUGAAAAUGGAGAGGAGUUGACAGAAGAAGGACUGCCAUUUCUGAUACUCUUCCACAUGAAAGAAGAUACCGAAAGUUUAGAAAUAUUCCAGAAUGAAGUAGCCCGACAAUUAAUAAGUGAAAAAGGUGCAAUAAACUUUUUACAUGCGGACUGUGACAAAUUUAGACACCCUCUUCUGCACAUACAGAAAACCCCAGCAGAUUGCCCUGUGAUAGCUAUUGACAGCUUUAGGCAUAUGUAUGUAUUUGAAGACUUCAAAGAUAUAUUAAUUCCUGGAAGACUCAAGCAGUUUGUAUUUGACUUACAUUCUGGAAAACUUCACAGAGAAUUCCAUCAUGGUCCUGACCCAACAGAUACAGCCCAAGGACAGGAAGUCCAAGAUGUAGGAAGUAGUCCCCCUGAGAGCUCCUUCCAGAAACUAGCACCCAGCGAAUAUAGGCCUGCAGUGUACAGUCAGAUGGGUCCCUGUGCCAGGCCUCAAUGCUGCCAGGGAACAAAACCAGAGGGAGAGGACCCUCAGCAUCAUAUCAGGAAGCCCAAUGCCAGAGGACAGACAGGUUCGAAAUUGGCUUUCCUCUGGGCCUGGGUUGGUGCUAUAGGCCAAGAGUCAUUUUAUAUUUGGAGUCCAAGUCAAUCCCAGUUUGGGGAGAGAUUAUUUUUAAGCUUAAAAGGCUGACAUGUGCCAUUAUAU